AUGGCUAUAGCUAAUCAAGUUCAUCUACCUGAGUAUUUGACAAAUCCGACACAUCCUUAUUACCUGCAUCCAAAUGAGAGUCCAUCGCAGAUUUUGGUGACUCCUCCUCUGAAUGGACGUAAUUUCCAUCCAUGGUCACGUGCGAUGACAAUGGCACUCAGAUCCAAGAAUAAACUUGGAUUCAUCAACGAAAAUCAACAUGUUCCUAAUGAUGAAGAUCCUGAAUAUGAAGCUUGGGAUCGCUGCAACACCAUAGUUUUGGGAUGGAUACAUAGAUCCAUUACUCAGAACAUUGCUCAAUCCAUACUUUGGAUAGAGAAAGCUUCGAGCGCAUGGAAGGAUUUACAUGACAGAUUCUCACAGACAGAUAUGUUUCGAAUCUCAUAUCUUCAAGAGGACAUCUACAAAUUAUUUCAAGGAGAUAAAUCUGUAAGUGAUUACUUUACUCAGUUGAAAACCAUGUGGGAUGAAUUGAAUAAUUUGAAGCCACUUCCCAAUCCUACUGUUCCCUGUGUUUGUGGAACUGUUGAACAAAUGCGUCUCUAUCGAGACAGAGACCAAACUAUAAGAUUUCUGAAAGGAUUAAAUGAGCAAUUUGCUCAAGUACGGUCACAAAUUAUGCUAGUUGAGCCACUUCCAAAUGUUACAAAGGCUUUUUCUUUGAUUUCUCAGCAAGAACGUCAAUUUUUGUCUGAAAACAACAUGAAUUUUUCAAAUAAUUCUCAAGUUAUGGCCACUUUUGGAGAACAACAAAAUAACAGAAGAGCUAGUGGAUAUUUUAAUGGUGGAAGGUCAUAUAGAGGACGCGGACGUAGUAAUUUUGGUAGAGGAUCACACAUAUCAAAGUUCUGUACUCAUUGCAACAGACCUCAUCAUACUGUUGAGUCAUGCUAUCUUCUUCAUGGAUUCCCACCUGGAUAUAAAAGGAGCAAUCCGGUUCAUAAUUCUGCUGCUGUAGCACAUACUGAUAUGGGGAAUCAUGAGUCAUCUAUACAGUCACAGUCUUCCAUAACUAUGACUCAAGAUCAGUAUAAUCACAUUCUUGAUUUGCUGCAAAAUUCUAAUACAAUGCAGUCCUCACAGAACCAACAUUCCAUCAAUGCAGCAAAUUCUAGCCAUCCAAUGGCUGAUAAUGCUCAAACAGGUAACAUGAGCGUUGAGUGGGUAAUUGACACAGGUGCCACAGACCACAUUACUCACACCUUGUCACAAUUUUCAACUUUUCACAAAAUCAAACCAAUUUCUAUUCACUUGCCGAAUGGUUCAACUGUUGCUUCAUCAAUUUGUGGAACAGUAAAUAUCACCUCAUCACUCAUUCUUACUGAUGUUCUUUAUGUUCCUAGUUUCCAUAUUAACCUUCUGUCUGUCACAAAAUUGUUGAGUUCAUUACCUUAUACCAUUACCUUUAACGAAUCUGUUUGUGUCAUACAUGAGAGAAGGUCAAGUUGCCUAAUGACGAUUGGUUCUGCUAGACGAAGGAAUGGACUAUAUGUGAUGAUCAGUAAUGCAAACAAGACAGUAGCUCACACAAAUACCUCACCUUGUAAUAAAACCAGUCAAAAUGAUGUUUGUUAUUUGGCACCAAAGAUUAGGUCAUAUCUCUAA